CCGACAUCAUCCCAUCAUCAUCUGCCUCUUACUUGCGCCGCUUGAUAUCCUCCUCCUCCUCCACCACCCCCUUCUUCUUCGCUGUCGCUCCCUCGUCGCAUUUCCCCGGACUUACUCGAAAUCAAAGCGCUUGCUAUCAUCAUUUCAUUCACUUAAUUUCUUUCACCCGGUCUCUUGUUCUUCUCCUCCAAACCUCUUCCGGCGCAAACCUGCAUUCUUCGCGGGUACCUUCUUGAUCCGCGCACAAACACUCCGGCAUUGACUGCCUCACUCCACCAACCAAACAACCACCACCACCACCACACCUCCUCAACCACUCCAAGUCAUCAUCAUUCCUUUGUCAUUUCAUAUGUCACUCAUCCCUGGGCAAUACCCAUCACCUUCGCGCAAGAUGUUACUCCCAUCUGCGCUUCCUAGCGACAUGCCACAACAGUCGACUCAGUCGCAUCUCGCGCCCAACCUGCUACUCAACACACCACCCCCAACCGAAGAUGACCUCCUCCUAUCAGGCAAUGGUCUAUUGGGAACCAGUCGCGCCCUCCAAUCUCUUCUCAACAUUUCUCCUGCUUCGAUCCCCCGCCGCAAGACUCCUCCGCGUCUUCUAAGUCCCCUUCAGCUACGAUCCCCUCCUCCCUCUCGGUCGCAGAAACGAGUGGCCCAGAAAGACUUGGACAAUCUCACACGCUCCUCCCCAUCACCUUGCGCUCCCUCCAGACUUACGCGUGGCGCGAACAAGCGCAACCGAUCUGCUUACGAAUUAGACCUCGACUCAGACCCUGAGGAUCGCGAACCCGCGCUCUCCAACGGAACCAAAUCGCGCGACCGUUUCUCCACUCCCAAGCGUCGCAGACAAAUUCCCAAUGAUUUACCACUUGGCCUUACUCGGGAAGACUUCUACUCGCUUUAUUCACCCCCGAUCACACAGUCGCCUCUAUCGCCGGCACAUCAAUCACAGGAAGAUCCGAGCGCAAGGGAAAUAAACACUUCGGGAAUUUCACUGUACAAUCCUGACGCGCCGCUGCCGUCCAUCGAAGCAAAUGAUGAGACCAUAGCGUCCGUGUCACACGAAUUAUCGCCGAUCGAUCCGUCGCCUUCUUGGAUCGCAAAGGACGAUCAGCGGCUCGUAAAAUUGGUCCUCGAAAGGUAUCAGUUCUCCGAACAGGUCUUGGACGACUGCGCCAGAGAAUUGGGCAGGAACCACGAGUCCAUCAGACGCAGAUGGCAAACUCUCCUGGGUCAGGGGGAGAUAGGCUUGCGACAAGGAGCUAAACCAGACUUGAUGGGGAUUUAAAUGGCCUCUUUUUGUUUAUAUCUCCUUGUCUACCGUUCGAAAUACCUCUGAUUAUUGCCUACGAUACCGACUCAAUUCGCUCCUGGACUUGCAUCUUUCAAUCGCCAAUACCCUGAUAGCAUCGCUACGCUACCUCCUGUGUUAUGACUUUGAUUAUUUGGCUCUCCUGUUUUUCUUUACAAUUCACGGACUCAUGUACGAUACGGGAUAUGGAUGGAAUUUUUUUAUUUCUUCUCUUUCUUUUCGUCGGGUGUUACUUUCGGGAUUUCAAAUUGUGUUAUUACCAUUACUUUACCCUUUUCACGUUGCUGCCUGUUUUGUUUCUUAUCUUCCGGGGUUAGUUACAUCAUGUUUGUCCAUCCAUCUAUCCAUCCAUCUAUCCACAUACAUCAGUUUUUGAUGGGUGAACGGAUAGAUGGGAUAUGGAUUGGAAUCGGUAUUCACCAUACUUCGGGUUUUCCAUCUUCAUGUAUCAUAUGACUGACUAUCUAUGACCGACACACUGGUUGUGUAUGUACUUUAUUCUACUGUACUAUCUAUCAAUCUCUUCCUAUCAAC